GUGUGCCUAACGCUCCCCUGCGCGGUGCAUCCAAAAAGGUUCCUCUCAUUCAUUCGAGUUCAACAGGCUUAAGAUUCUCUUCCGAAAAAGGAGCGCUCCGGAACUUCGGCUCUUGGAAAGAAGCGCCCCGGAACUUGGGCUCUUAGGUGUAGAAGUUGCCGUGCCAGGGCAGGGGCCUUAGCAGGGCGGAGGAAGGGAGCGGCCUUCAGGUCUGGGUGGGGCUUGGGGGGGGGCAGGCACAGGAGCGAGCAAAAGGCGAGGCCGGCUGGGCAGGGCUUGGCACAGGAAGGCCGGCGAGCUGCGCAAGGAAGCGCCGGAGGAGCGGCACUCGGCAAGAGCCAAGACGACGCCUCGGCCAAGUUUGUUCCCUUCGCCGCGCUCAGCCUUCGCCUCUCCCAGCUCGCCACCAUGCCGGUGAAGGGCGGCACCAAGUGCAUCAAGUACCUGCUCUUCGGCUUCAACUUCGUCUUCUGGCUUGCCGGAACAGCUGUCCUCGCAAUUGGACUAUGGCUUCGGUUUGAUUCACAGACAAAAGAGAUUUUUCGGGAUGAUAACAAUACAACGUUCUAUACAGGAGUCUACAUUCUAAUUGGAGCUGGCGCACUCAUAAUGCUUGUGGGUUUCCUGGGAUGUUGUGGAGCAAUACAGGAAUCCCAGUGCAUGCUUGGCUUGUUCUUCCUCUUCCUCCUUGUGAUCUUUGCUCUUGAAGUAGCCGCUGCCAUCUGGGGAUUUUCAAACAAAGAAACGAUUGUUCAGGAAAUACAGAAGUUUUAUAACAAGGUGUAUGACGAAAAAAAUGUACCACACCGUAAGGAAACCCUGAUAGCCAUUCAGCAGGCUCUUUACUGCUGUGGCCCUGGGAGAACCUUAGAAGCAGGGUUUCAGGAAACCUGUCCCAAACCAAAAGAUGGAACAGACUCUUCACUAAAGACAUGUCCCGAAGCCAUUAAAGAAGUCUUCACCUCAAAGCUGAAUGUGAUUGGAGCUGUUGGCAUUGGCAUUGGAGUGGUGAUGAUCUUUGGUAUGAUCUUCAGCAUGAUCCUUUGCUGUGCUAUCCGCAGAAAUCGGGAAAUGGUCUGAAGUGACUUCGAGGGGACCCCCCUCAAGAAAAUCUUUAUUGUUAACUUUAGCAUUAUGAAAGCAUUUCUAAAAUUAUAUUUGUUACUUUUUUUAAAGGAAGCUUAACUUGUUACUGAUGUUCUUAGGUUUUUUUGCUUUUUAUGUUUUUAAAACUUUUAAAAGAUUCUACUGUUGAAAAGGUACUAUAUUUGUUAGCCUGCAGCUCCAAAACAUCUUGUAUAUACAGUUUUUGUCUCUAAAUAGUUGUCAUUUUUCUUUAAAACUUACAAAUGGGAUGUAAUUUAUGUUGGAGACAAUUUGAUACUUAAUAAAGACUUAAGACCACC